AUGACGAUGACGAAAGCGGUCGGCAACAAAGUAUUUCUCGUUGUGUUGGUUUUAACAGUAUCAAUAAGCAUUUUAUUUUAUAGUACACCCUAUACGUUCCGAAGAAACAAUGUCGUCAUUGAAAAUGGUAUCAAAUCUUGUCAAAGCGGUAAAGGGAAUUCAUAUAGGAAGACUUUAUUCUUUGAUAGAAUCUACGUGAUAAAUAUCGAACGCCGUACUGAUAGAAGGGAACGAAUGACAAAAAUGUUAAAUCAACUUAACCUUGAUUAUAAGUUUGUCUCUGCUAUUGACUCCAGUUCGAGCGAAGUUGAUGUUUACUACAAGCAACAUAAUGGAUAUUUAACCAGAGGUGCAAUAGCCUGUUGGUUAAGUCAUUUAAAAGUAUAUCAAUCAAUCUUUGAUGACCGAUCCUGGGAGAUGCUUUAUAUUGGCCAUUGUAGCGAAGAAAAUUUGCGAGAUCCAUACAAGCAUCCAAAUCUAUACGUUUCCACACGACCAUCUUGCACACAUGCGUACGCAAUCUCAUUCAUCGGUGCUUGGGUGCUUUUAAAUGAACUUUCCAAUAUUAAAGAACCAAUAGAUGUGGAAUUGGUACGACUUAUAGAACCUGGGAAGAUUAAUUCCUUUAGCAUUGAACCUCCACUUGCUGCUCAGUGGAGAGAUGGAAAUCCGUCGGACGUGAGCGCUAACGAUACAAGUUACAUUCCAUAUUAUCUCAAAAGAUCAACUUUAAGAUAUCUAAGGAUCGUUGAGUAA